AUAAGAAAAGGGCCGUCGCCUAUCGGCCGUAACGCAAAGGCAAAAACCGCGAUACUGCGCUGUGAAAAGCGUUUGUGCAACGGGUCAGACGAUACAAAAAGAGCAAAAAUUGGGUCAAACAGAAUGCAAAUGGACACUAGGUAAAAGCUAAAGCACUGCCAAAGACUGCGAAAUUGGACGGCUUGAUAGCGCAGUGACUGCACUUGGUUAUCAUGGAGCUGCGUGAACUGCGCACCGCCGCCGCCGCCGUUAACAGCGGUGAACUGGGCGGCAUUUGUAUUGGAAGCUCUGCGGAAGGCGGCGUCCAGCGUAUGCCAACCAAAGCAGAUCUGUUCAUGGAACAGCUAAAUGCAACAAAUGCGAAGAAGGUGGCACUACUACUGGUCCUUGGCUUUGUGCUCUACCAUGGCCUGCUCAACUGGAACUAUGGCAGCGACUCCUGCCAGUGGCUGUUGUCCAAGGGUCGCUUCAAAGGCGACAACGAAUGGCAGCCCUAUGGUUGCAUGAUGCACAAAUACACCUACAUUGACACGCGACGUUGCUUGCGCUAUUUCGCGUUUUUCAACUACACGAACAAUUUCGUCUUUAUUGGAGAUCAAAGCGUGCGUCUGCUGUAUCAGAGAUUUGUGGAGCAGCUGCAGCUGCCACGAUCCAAUGAAUACGACAACAACGGCUCCACCUCCUCCAAUGGAAUACAUUUCGAGGAUAAGAAGCUGGGUAUGCUGGCGCAAUAUAUACACGCCGAGGAGGUGAGCCCGGCACUGAUCGAUCGGCUCUAUCAGCUGGAAAUGGAGAAGAAGCGCUCCUCCGUCUAUGUGCUGGGCCUGACCUACAGCCAACUGUUGGCAGGGAACGUCACGGAGGAACUGUUGCAUCAGUACAGCGUAAAUCUAACGCUGCUCGUAGCACCGAUUCACCGUCUGGUGGCGCAAGCGUCGCGUGUGCUGUGGAAGCUAGCGGAGCGCGUGGACGAGGAGAAGCUGCCCGCGUCGUGGAAGCUAGUGCUCAACGAGGACAUCGACCGCCUGAACAAUGUGGCGCGAAACGUCUUUCGGUAUACGGACGCAAGUGUCUGGGAAUCGGCGUGGCACAUAGCCAACGGCCUACUGGACACUGCCGUCGAGGGACAUCGUCUGAGUGCGCACGGCCAACGGCUGGAGGUGCAGCUGCUGUGGAACAUGUACUGCAACGACCAGAUGAACUACAACGACGGCACCUGCUGCAGCAGCGCCGAGCCACACACGAGCCUGCAGAUAGUCGCCUAUGCUCUAUUUGGCGUAUGCAUUGUGCUCGUCUGUGGCAUGUGCCUGCGCCGCUGGCUGCUGUAUCUGCGGGGUAACACGCUCUACGCGCCGCUGCAGCAGCACCACCAGCAGCAGCAACAGCAGCAGCAGGCGGACAGUCACCUGAGGGGUGCUACAAGCCAUCACAGAGAUCCCUCGCACUGCCUGACAGUGCUCAUCAGCGACUACGGCACGCCGCUAGUAGCGCUAUCCCUGUUGGGCCUAAUACUCGCCUACUUCUAUCUAUGCGAUCGGACGAACUUCUUUAUGAAAGAGAACAAAUACUACUCGGAAUUCAGCUUCUGGAUACCCGUGGCCUACGUGUUCGCCUUGGGUCUAUUCUUCACCGAGGAGUCGGGCUUCACCAAAGUCCUGAAUCGCCAUCAGACGGACGAGCUGCGCGGCUGGAUAUUGCUGGUGGUGCUCAUCUAUUAUAUGACUGGGGCCCAACGGGUUCUACCGAUUCACAUGCACAUCAAGCUCCUAAUAUCUGGCUACUUCUUUCUAACAGGCUAUACGCACUUCACGGACAUUUGGCAAACGGGCGGCUGCGGCUCGAUGUUUGUGCGCUUCUUCCAGGAGAUGUUUCGCCUCAAUUUCCUCUGCGUUCUGCUCUGCUUCUGCAUGAACCGUCCAUAUCAGUUCUAUUAUUUCGUGCCUCUGCUUUCCUUCUGGGUUUGCGUCAUUUACUUCGUAUUAUCCCUGCCGCCGCGGAUUACGACAGCCUCGGUCGAUGCGUAUCCCUUGCAUUACCUCUACCUGGUAUGCAAGUGUAUUGGAUGCCUGGGCGUUAUAACGGUCCUCUUCAUGUCUGAAGUUUUCUUCGAGCGGAUCUUCGUGACGCGUCCGUGGAAGGCGUUGUUUGUGACUACCGACGAUGACAUCCAUGAGUGGUGGUACCAGUGGAAAUUGGAUCGUUACACUGUAACCUUCGGCAUGAUAUAUGCCGCCUGCUUUCACAUCGCCCAGAAAUACAGCAUCUUCGACGAUAAUAAUCAUGGAAACCUGUUUUCCCGGCGGACCUCGAUAUCGGUGACACUGCUCGCACUUCUGGGCGUCGGCAUCUACACGUCCUUCUCGUUUCUGUGCCGCAACGUUCAGAACUGCGAGGAGAUACACUCGUACAUCCUGUUCAUACCAAUUAUCAGCUAUGUUGUGCUACGCAAUAUCUCGGGCAUCCUACGGACACGCUAUUCCACAUUCUUCGCCUGGUUCGGGCGCAUCUCACUCGAGCUGUUCGUGUGCCAAUAUCACAUCUGGCUAGCGGCCGAUAGGCAUGGCGUCCUGGUGCUACUGCCCGGUUUUCCCACUCUCAACAUGAUCAUCACAUCGUUCAUAUUCGUUUGUGCCUCGCACGAGGUGCAUCGCCUCACACAGAUCCUGCUGCCAUAUGCCGUGCCCAACGAUUGGCGCUUGGUCAUGCGUAAUCUGGUCAUUUUUCUGAUUGUACUUGUUCCGGUCGCCAGAUCCGAUGGCAUGUUCUAAGCUGAGCUCAGCUGCCCGCAUACCCCGUUUGCCUAUCCGUUGACGCGAAAACUAGCUUUAUGUGCACCCCUCACAUAUAUUCCCUUAACAUACGUAUACCUAAUGUAAGGCGUGGUCAGUCGAUCCGCUAUUAGAUGCUAGUGUAUAAGCCGUUCUCUGUACAUGUACAUGCAAAUGAUUGUAAAGCCAAUUGGGCAUUUGCUAUUAUCAGUCAUGUAUGAAUAUUAUCUGUAAAACAGAAUAUUUCGCAAGCGGGAGGCAAGCAGGAGGUUUUUCUAAAUCUAAUUGUUCAAGAGGACCCCUAUAUGUAUGUAAUCUGAUGAAACCAAAAAUUAUAAAAUUUUGUAUUACUUAAUUAUAAAGCAGAGUAGCUUUCAAAAUAAGACGUGAAUGUAUACUUAAUCAAGAAUAAUUAAUAUUUGCAAUGUCGAUAAUGUAAUUAAUGUAAAACUUAACCUCAACUAUGUUAAAAAAAAAACAA